UAUUGAGGUAUUAACAGGCAAUCAAGAUGCAAUCGACUAGUAGCAUCAAAGGCAGCACCAGCUCCCAAAAUAGUUCGCUGCAGUACAGCAGCGACAUCAAUGCCAUAAGCCUUGAACUACCCGACCAUUCAGAGGAUUUCCAAUCUACUAACGGAUUAAAGUAUUUGCCAGCCUGGCCAGCAGUUAACUUGCAGUUUACGGGACUAAAUUGUGAAGUUCCGGACCGAUGCAACGCCAAAAAGACGAAGCAGAUUUUGCGGGAAGUGAAUGGUGAAUUUCGCUCUCAUGAACUGACCGCGAUUAUGGGACCCUCAGGAGCUGGGAAAACGACUCUGUUGAACCUACUAGCGGGAUUUGGGGCUGUCAACAAUGUCGGCGAGAUAUUAGUCAACAGCCAUCCAAGGGAUAUGAGAGUCUUCCGGAAAAUGUCCCGAUACAUAAUGCAGACCGAUGUUCUUGAUCCGCAAUUUACUGUGCUCGAAAUGAUGCUCCUAGCCGCCCAUCUGAAACUGGGAAAUGAUCUGCGCUUAAAACAAAAGCUAGAAGUUAUAGAUGAAAUUUUGGGAAUGCUACGAUUAAAAAAAUCAGAAAACACAAAGGCUCUAAGGCUGUCUGGAGGUGAACGAAAGCGCUUGUGCGUUGCCCUUGAACUGGUCAAUAAUCCACCUGUCCUUUUCCUGGACGAGCCCACAACCGGCCUGGACGAUCUGUCUAGCUCCCAGUGCAUGUCGCUAUUGAAGAUGUUGGCUGCCGGGGGGCGCACUGUAAUCUGCUCAAUCCAUACCCCGUCCGCCAAGAUCUUUGAGAUGAUUGAUACUGUGUACGUACUGGCCGAAGGUCAAUGCGUUUACCAGGGAGCUGGGAGCAACAUUGUACCCUACAUGCAAUACUUGGGGCUGAGCUGUCCCGUCACAUACAACCCGGCCGACUUUAUUAUUGAGGUGGCCUGUCACGAGUAUGGCAAUGCUUACCAGGAGCCAAUGGUCGAGGCCGUGUGCAACGGUAAGAUUACGCGGUGGACUCCGGCAGCGGACGAUGGCAAAAUCACACCCACCAAAACCGACACAACGUCCGGCGCGUCGUCAUUCUAUGAAAUGGAGCAGUUCGAUGAGGAAAUCAACCCAAAGCUAUUGCAGUCGAAAUCUAGCUGGUGGAUGCAGUAUAAGCUGCUGCUGACCCGCAUGCUACUCCAAAUGUGGCGGGACAAGUCAUACAUCAAGCUAAAGUUCUACAUGAACAUAGUGCUAGCGCUAAUCGUGGGAGGCCUUUAUGUCGGAGUGGGACGUCUGGCUUCCAAAGCGCUGUUCAACUUUGGCUUUAUGUUUACUAUUGUAAUAGCUUACUUGUACCUGCCAAUGAUGCCUGUACUGCUUUAUUUUCCGUCGGAAAUAAAUCUGUUGAAGAGGGAAUACUUCAACCAGUGGUACCGCCUAAGCUCCUACUACGCUGCAAUGAUUUCUGCCAAAUUACCAUCGAUGUUCGUACUGGCCGUAAUUUAUUUAUCAAUUGUGUACUUAAUGUCCAGCCAGCCUCUGGAAUGGUUCCGCUUUAUUAUGUUAUUUACGAUAGCCUUUCUUACGGCCCUAACCUCUGAUAGUUUUGGCUUACUGAUUUCCAGUAGACUAAGCUUGGUGAAUGGAAUGUUCAUGGGUCCUGUACUGGCUGUGCCUCUGAUCUUACUGUCUAUAUAUGGCAUUGGCUACGGCAAAGAUACAUACAUUUCCCCUAUCAUGCGAUUUCUGAUGUCUCUUAGCUAUUUGCGCCAUGGUAUGGAGGGGCUAGUAGCAGCGCUAUACGACUACGGAAGGGGCGAUACAAUCUGCGAAGAUACCGAAAUGUUCUGCAUGUUCAAGAAAUCUCAGUUCUUGUUAAUUUUUCUGGGCUUUGAAAACAUGCACUAUUUGUGGUCUGUCUUCUGCUUGAUUGGAUUUUAUAUGCUCUUUACAGUCUCGGCGUACGUCAUGAUACGCCAGCGACUGAAGAAAUCGUCGUGCAACCCCAUUUUCGUCCACGUCCUUCAGCUUUUAACUAAAUACUUUAAUUUUACUUCAUAUAAAUACUAAGCACGGUGUUGAUAUACCAAGGGAAGGUUGGUGCUGGUACCCAAAAACCUAGUUUUAUCCGAGAUUCUAGUUUUUCUCAAGACAUUUUCAUGGGAAAAUGCCAUACGUUACCUGUUUCGCCAUGCUGUGACAAAUUGUAUUGCAUUAUACUGAUUAUAGCAUAAAUCAAUUGUACGGCCGAGCUGUUGAGUGAUAUACCGGAUACAUCUAAAUAAGCAUAAACAUAGAAAACUAUACAUGUAUUGUAUUUUAGAUUACAUGUACAUAUAAACUUACCAACUUUUCCCAAUAAAGGUCCACUGGAACUGUAAACAA